GCGCUCAGCUACAUUACCAUCGCUCGCCGGCGGGAGUCCAGCGGCGUCUGACUCUGUGGCUGCGACCUCAAGGCCUCAAGUCCGUCCCAACCUCUUCCUGCAGCCUGCUUCAGACGUCGUCAGAUCAUAUCUUGCUCCGUCACAUUGUGGUUGAUCAUCCUUUCGGUCUACAAUCUCUCUAAGGGGACACCCCGCAGAAUUACUCACUGCAGUCGCAAUGUCUGGCGCCCAGGACGAGGGAGAUGUCAUCUCUACACUGACUGGCUUCUCGUUAAACAAUGUCCUUAGCGGACUCGACCUACCGACAGGACCCGGUCUCUCCAAUCAACUGGGUAUUGCUGGAGCCGCGGGUUUCACCGCGCAGCAGAUAUACAACGACAAAUGGGACAAUGACCCUGAUGCAGUGGGUCCGGGAGAGGGGCAAGACUGGGAGGACGAGGUGGAUCGGGAACUGGAGGCCGAAGGGUCUGACGACGAUGGUCAGGUCAAGACGGAGGCAGAGUCCCCGCAGCAUGUUGGACCCAAAGAGAAGCGCAAACGCGUGGUUAGACGCUUGGUCGAACGUCCGAAGACCGUAUACGAAAGGUUCCCGACUUUCGAGAAGAACAGAAUCCUGAGCUUCACCGAAUUAUUCAAGGGACAGACAACACAAAGGUCGAGAAUCUCGAGGCGGCCAUUUCAGGUUGAAGCUGUUCAUCCGAGGAAAAAGGAGACUCCACGCGGAUUUCUCGCAGCCGUAGUGGGCGACACGGAACGACAAUUCGAGAACAAGCGCGUAGAAGAAGUCGUCUCGUCUGGCAACGUGGAGGUAGACUUGCGAAAAGCACUGCAGGAACGUUCUGAGGCAGACGCGUCUAUCUCUCUACCUCUACAUGACCGCUCCUUCGACCUCGUUCUGCUCUCCAAUUGGGAGGACCAAAUAAUGUACGAACCUGAUGUAGAUGCUGCACCGACCCCAUUGGCGGAACCACCGGCGGAUCUAACGGCGCCGCAGAACAAGGUUCUCGAAUCCGGAGCUUGGACGCAAAGUAUCAUAUGGAGUCCUCGUGCACCUUUCCGCGACUUCACGCAGCUGGAGCUAAACGAGGAAGAGACUGCCGCCGACGAGCGACCGCCUGCUCAAGAUGUCGCGAGGCCACGCAAACGACUCAGGACAGAUAACCAGCCGAAGGAUCGCUUCAACCUAUCCAAUGAUCAGUAUUACGAGGUCAACAAGGAAGGUGGUCGGCAUCGUGUCCGACAAACGUUCGGUCAGCUGGUUGUGGAACACGCUUACCCUGCCCAGAAGCUUCAGCUACCCUUCUACAAGACGCGUCUGUCAAAGCAAGAAGCACGCUCUUUCCAUCGUCCCGCGCUGCAGUUCCCUUCGAAUGUCGAGAUUCACUUCGCGAAGGUUCGAACUGCGAAGAAGAAGAAAGACAAAGCGGGCAGGAAGGUUGGAAAAGGCGGCAACGUUGGCGAAGGUCUGCAUAGGACUGGCGAUCUGAGUCUUCGUGAUACAAGCAAUUUCGUACUUUGGGAGUACUCGGAGGAGCAUCCGCCGAUAAUCUCCAAUUUCGGUAUGGGCAACAUUCUCGUCAAUUACUACCGUAAGAAAAAUGAUAAGGAUGAACAUAUUCCAAAGUUUGAUCUGGGGGAGCCUAUCGUUAUUGAACCUCAAGACGAGUCUCCGUUCAUGAAAUUUGGAUAUGUCUAUCCCGGACAGACGGUUCCUGCCAUCUAUAACAACCUGAUGCGAGCACCCCUGUUUCGUCACAAGCCAUACCCCACCGACUUUUUGGUCAUCAGGUCCACGUGCAAGAACGACACGAAGUACUACAUCAGGGAGAUCAAGAACCUGUUCGUGGUCGGCCAAACCUAUCCUGUGACGGAAGUCCCUGGCCCGCAUUCGCGAAAGAUAACGAACACCAUCAAGCACCGCCUCCAGAUUAUCGCGUUCAAAUUGCUCGCGAAGAGUGCAGAAGAGCGGCUUAAGAUAUCACGACUGAUGAAGUAUUUCCCUGACCAAAACGAGCUGCAAAUGAGGCAGCGCCUCAAGGAAUUCAUGGAGUACCAUCGCCGCGGCCCUCAUCAAGGCUUCUGGCGUCUGAAGGGCACAUGGACCAUACCCUCUGACAUCGACAUGCUCAAGAUGGUAACGCCGGAACAGGUGGUCCUCUCCGAGAGCAUGCAGGUCGGUCAGCGCCAUCUGCAGGAUGCCGGUUACAGCUUCAACGGCGAGGUCGCCGAGGACGACGAGGGCAACCUCUCCAUUGAGCAGCAGCUUGCCCCGUGGAUUACGACCAAGAACUUCCUGUUUGCGACGCAAGCAAAGGCAAUGUUGCGGCUCCAUGGAGAAGGUGAUCCCACAGGGCGUGGAGAGGCGUUCAGCUUUGUCCGCGUGUCCAUGAAGGACAUCUUCGUGAAGGCAGGCGAGGAUUACGAACAGAAGCUCGCCGAGGCCGAGAACCGCCCCAAAUCUGCGCAUCGUUACAACGUUGCAGAGCAACAGCAAAUCUAUAAGUCGGAAAUCGAGCGCAUCUGGAAGGCUCAGUUCGAUUCGUUGAGCCGCAAGGACGAACCUCAGCUUACCGAAGAAGAUGAGAAGAAGGCAGAAGUGAAGCCACAGCAGCGAAAGCCGUUCGGUACACAUGACGGUUACACCCCUGCAGGGUCUCCUGUUGCUCACCGCGAGACUCCCGUUCCUUCGUCCCCGACUUUCAGCAGAGGCUCUUCGCUCGUUCGUGAUCGCGAACUGAGUCUGGGGCCAGAUGCACAGAGAAGGGUGCUACGGAUCAGGCGUAUGGUUGAUGGCGAGUGGAAGACAGAGAUCAUAAGAGACAACGCUGUCAUCGCUGCGUAUGUGAAGAGACGGCAGGCGCUGGAAGAGGAGGCAACUACUGCCGAUGCCCUGGCUCCGACCGGAGACGCUGAGAAGGAUCGACGGGCGCGCAAGAGGUUGGAGGAGGAGAUCGCCAGGAUGAAGAAGAAUCAGGAAAGACGUCUCCACCGUAAGAAUGCGAAGAUAGUGAAGGAAGGCGGGACUCCCAUGCAGUUGAAUCGCCCCCUCAAACCUGAUACUACAAGACGUUGCGGACAUUGCGGUCAGAUGGGACAUAUGAAGACCAAUCGGAAGUGUCCUCGCUGGGCGGAAUUCAACUCUGGCAACCCCCCUUUGCCAACGCCGGCUGCCACCAGUCCCCCUGCGGCAUCUCCAAGCACGUCGGCUGGUUUUGUAUUUUCCGCAAGCUCGGAUAGCAUGUUCUCGCCGGGUGCCUCAGGAUCGCUGCGUCCUCCGAACCCAUCCUUGAGCCUGGGAGGCCAUGGGCCAUCUCCUCUUGCGACCAGUCCGCCUGUCAUGGCGAUGGACGAAGACGAUGAGGUUCCUUCUACUCCGUCUCUGUCAGGCCCGAAGUUGAAACUCAGUCUCAAGAAGUCUUAACAACAUGGACUUUGAUUUUCCGUCACUGUAGCAUUAGAUUUGCUCUCGCUCUGUUGUCACUCUAGGAUUGUAUACUGUAGUUCAUUGCAAUUGCGGAUGGGAUCGGCGUCGUCAUUCGAGCGCCCUCGUGUGUA